AGUAGCAGAAGGAAGUGGAGUUAGCUUAGCGGCUAACGCUAGCAAACGACCUUUCUACUGUUUGAUAAAGGUGGACGUCAGUACUUUGUAAUGCGGUGUUUGAUAUAUACUUACAGCUACUAUAAACUGUCCCGUUCUGUUCCCUCUCAGGCAUGCCGCAGAAAGACCCGUGUCAAAAACAAGCGUGUGCAAUUCAGCACUGUUUACAAGCAAACAAAUACGUGGAGAGCAUGUGUGAGGAUGUGAUAAAGGAGAUGCGGCGCUGCUGUGAGAUUCAUGCUGCAAACUCCAUCUGCUGCUCCGGCUUCAAGGACUCAAAACCAACGGAGAGCAAAAGUAACACGUAGCUUACUGUAUGAAGCUUUGGACGCGAAAUAUAGUGGAAGGGAACAUUGCAUCAAUGUUUUUGACUGUAACUUUAUAUGUGUGCUGAGUUCAAUUGCCUUUACUAUCUGAUUUUUUUGUCAUACAAUAGCAAAUAUUUUGACAUGUCAUUGCAGAAAAGCAUCAUGGGUACUGGAAUAUUAAUGUUAUCACACCUGUGUUUGACACGUCAAAAUGUCACACCCCUCUGGCAUAGUAAGGUUGAACAUGCUGUCUUAAGUUAUUAAAGGAAAUUAUUUUCUGUA